CCUACCGUAGCGAAGGCGAGGGGUUGCGACAAGAUGGCGGCGCCCUUCGAAGUGUGCCAUGUCGCCUGCUGCGCCAACCGAGCCGGUCCCGGAGUGGUUUCCUGGGGGAGAGGCGGCCUGGUGGCUUUCGGCUCGUGCCGCUCGGUCGUCCUCUACGACCCGCAGAGAAGAAAAGUAGUUGGUACACUGAAUGGACAUACUGGAAGAGUAAAUUGUGUUCAGUGGAUUCGCAGAAAAGAUGGAUCUUAUGAAACAGAAUUAAUUUCUGGAGGGUCUGACAAACUACUUAUUCUUUGGGAAACACAAAACGAGAAGCUUGUGAACUGCACUCGUCUUGAAGGCCACUCUGAAGCAGUUUGCUCUUUGGAUGCUGUAUACAUGAGGAAUGAGUCUACAGGAGAGUUAAAUAUACUUUUAGCUUCUGCGGCUUCUGACUCUACUGUGAGAAUCUGGUCCAAACAAGGAACAGAAGUUAAAUGUCUUCAGACACUGCUAUUUGGAAAUGGAUUUGUUAUGGAUGUUUCUUUGUCCUUCUUGCCAGACAGCAACAUACCGGUACUGGCUUGCGGUGGGGAUGACUGCAAAAUUCAUUUAUAUGUGCAGCAGGAUGGACAGUUUCAGAAGACUUUGCUGCUCCAUGGCCAUGAAGACUGGAUAAGAGGGAUUGAAUGGGCAGUUUGCGAUGGAGAUCUCUUCUUGGCAAGCUGUUCCCAGGAUUGUCUGAUAAGGAUCUGGAAGAUGCAUGCAACUUCAUUGCUUGUGGAAGCCCAAGAUGAGGAAACCAUAAGGCUGAAGGAGAACAUUUUCACCGUGAAAAAUGACAAUGGUUCAGAUGCAUCUUUUGCUGUUACGUUGGACUCUGUGUUAGCUGGACAUGAAAACUGGGUAUAUGCUGUUCAUUGGCAGCCUUCCUUUCCCAAAGAUGGCAGGAUGGAACAGCCAAUGAGGUUGUUGUCUGCUUCAAUGGACAAAACUGUGAUCCUCUGGGCUCCAGAUGAUGAAUCUGGGGUGUGGUUGGAACAGGUCCGAGUAGGAGAAGUGGGUGGAAAUACUCUGGGGUUUUUUGACUGUCACUUCAGCCCAGAUGGCUCAAUGAUUCUUGCUCAUGCUUUCCACGGAGCGCUGCAUCUUUGGAAACAGACUUCAGCAAACAAGAGAGAAUGGGCUCCAGAAGUGGUUAUUUCAGGGCAUUUCGAUGCCGUGCAAGAUGUGAUGUGGGAUCCAGAAGGAGAAUUCAUCAUCUCUGUUGGUUCUGACCAAACUACAAGAAUCUUUGCUCCGUGGAAAAGGGAGAACAAAACAGAGGCAUCAUGGCAUGAAAUAGCAAGACCCCAGGUCCAUGGAUAUGACAUGCAGUGUUUAGCGAUGACCGGCCGAUUUCAGUUUGUGUCUGGAGCAGAUGAGAAGGUGCUUCGAGUAUUUACUGCACCCAGGAAUUUUAUGGAAAACUUCAGCAGCAUUUCUGGUAUAUCUCUGGAGGAACUAAAUAGUGGACAAAUGAUUGAUCUUCCAGAAGGAGCUACUGUGCCAGCCUUGGGGCUGUCCAAUAAGGCUGUCUUUCAAGCGGAAGAUUCUGCAGCCCAGACGACCGAAGAAGAAGAAAAACUUAGUAACGCUUCCAGUCAGUAUCAUGAAAAUUACUUUCAGCCAUGUAGUCUUACAGAACCUCCCACGGAAGAUCAUCUCUUGCAGAACACGUUAUGGCCUGAAACACAAAAGUUGUAUGGACACGGUUAUGAAGUUUUUUGUGUUGCCUGCAACAAUGCGAAAACUGUGAUUGCCUCGGCAUGUAAGGCUUCUAAAAAAGAACAUGCAGCCAUUAUUUUGUGGAGCACCACAACGUGGAAGCAGAUGCAGAGCUUACCUUUCCACAACCUGACAGUGACACAGAUUUCCUUCUCCCCCAACGAUAAAUUCUUGUUAGCAGUUUCAAGAGACAGGCAGUGGUCACUUUGGAAGUGUAAUGACAUCAGUUCAAUGCAACCAGACCCAGCUUUCAGCCUUUUUGCUUACACAAAUCAAAGCACGGCUGUGCACACUCGCAUCAUUUGGUCCUGCGACUGGACCCCCGAUAGCAAGUAUUUCAUUACUGGAAGCAGAGACAAAAAGGUUGUUAUUUGGGGCGAAUGUUGUUCAGCAGAGGAGAAUAAAGAAAACGACCCUGGUGAGAUCCAGCCUUGUUCGCCAGUCCUGGAUGUUGGGGACUCUGUCACGGCCCUUAGUGCUAGUCAUGUGCUAGCUCCUGAUGGGAGCUAUAUCGUUGCAAUAGGCACAGAAAGUGGGAAGAUUCACUUGUAUAAAUGGAAACCAAGCGACAAAAGACUGCCACCUUCGGACUGGACCAAAUGUGUUGAAACAGACAACAGCCAAAGCCACACUCUUGUUGUCAAGCAGCUGAGUUGGAGAAAGUGCGUGGGCCGCGCUGGGCAAGGGACAGCGGAGAGCAGCAGGUGGCUGCAGCUGGCGAGCUGCGGGGCCGACUAUUCUGUCAAGAUACUCAGCAUUAACAGAGACAGUCUUUAAGCAAUUUACUUUCGACCACACUUCGUGAAAUAUGUGAAUAGUACCUGUUUUCUGAACUUUUCUUUUUUUUAAAGCACUUCUUUUUCUGAAAACUGUGUGUCUACCUGGAGCUUAAUUAUUAAAGCGGUUUGUAUAAAAACAUGUGUUUACCAUUGGCCUUCCCUCACGAAAAGGUUAUUCUCCACGAGUACAUUGCUGUCCUUUGCUAGCGUUUUCCUUGAGAUAACAAUCUCCCUAGAGCAGAAGUGGUUGGGGCAGAAUGGACUCACUUCUUUACCUUCUCGGAAAUUACAUUCCUGUUUAAAAUUGCCUAUUCCCCCCCCCCCAUUGUGUUCAACGUCCUUUUCAUUCGUGGUUCUAGUCUGGGCUUCAACGAAGUUUUGUCUCUAAAUGUGCCUGAGCCUAAACCAAUGCAGGGUUUUUGUUUUUAAAUCAUUUUGGUUGGGAUGGAAAAUGUCAGGCUCGGGUUGCAUUUUGCCCUCUGCACCUCACUAGUUGGCUCUUAGUACUCUCCCAUGGCCCUUCCCAGCUACAUCUCCUGCUUGUCCCGCUCUGCACUUUCCUUGGUUGUUUUUGCCUGGCUGGAGUGUGUCUCUGAACUCUGAUAAUGCCUCUUGUUUCCGUAGGUUAAGGAUAGAAAGAGGGGUGUGAGAAUGCCUGUCAACUAGACUCUUGGACAAAGGUAUCGUAAGGCAUUGAAGUGAGGAGUGCUUGGAUUCCUAUCUCUGGAUGAAAUCAGAAGCAAGCGCUGAAGAUGUGGAGAAGAAUGGCCAGUCCUCCUUUGCAAGUUGGGCAAGUGUCAAUUCAGUGUAUGGAACCGGAAGAAAAUGGCACUUCAGGCCAAGAAAAUGGGUCCCCUCGCCAUUACCAGACUGUUGAGAUCAGAACCAUGGCGGCAUACGGGAGAGUCAUUUCCACACUAUAUCCAACCAAUCUCACCCUGCAAAUGGAAAUUUAAAAAAAAAAUGUUGUGGGAGAAACUACAGUUGCAUUGGAGACAAAGAAUGUACUGCAUGAUUUAAACCUAAGAAACAGCACACGGUCAGUAUUCACAAAGAGUUACAGACACACACUCACCGCCAACAGUCCAAUACUUUUUGGAAUUAUUUUUUUUGAUUUGUUUCCUGCUAUGUUGGAAUAAUAUUUUCUACAGAAAUGUUUGUGUAUACAUUAUAUACAGUAUUAUUGUUCUUUUUUGAAAAGUAAUAUUUAUUUGUAUUAAAUAAAGUCCUGAUGAAGUUUA